GAUGGUAUCAGAUCAGCCAAGAGAAAUAUUCAGAUUGAAAUCCAAGUGGCUGUGCACAAGAUUUACCAGCAAUUAUCUGCUACACUGGAGAGAGCUCUGCAAGCAAACAAGCACCACAUAGAAGCACAACAGCGCCUCCUCUUGGUAACUGUCUUUGCUCUAAGUGUACACUAUCAGCCUGUUGAUGUCUCCUUGGCCAUUUCCACUGGUCUGCUAAAUGUACUAUCACAGUUGUGUGGCACAGACACCAUGCUGGGACAACCACUGCAAUUGUUGCCCAAAACUGGUAUUUCUCAACUCAGCACUGCUUUGAAAGUGGCUAGUACAAGGUUACUUCAAAUCCUCGCCAUUACCACAGGAACUUAUGCUGAUAAAUUGAGCCCCAAAGUGGUCCAGUCUUUGCUGGAUCUGCUAUGCAGUCAGUUGAAGAACCUUUUGUCACAAGCUGGUGUGAUGCUUAUGGCUUCCUUUGGAGAAGGUGAAGGUGAAGAAGAUGAGGAAGAAGAAAAAAAGUUAGAUCCAGAUGGAGAUAAUGAGAAGAGAGACUUCAGAGCUGCACUCCGAAAGCAACAUGCCGCAGAAUUGCACUUGGGUGACUUUUUAGUCUUUCUACGAAGAGUUGUUUCUUCAAAAGCCAUUCAGUCAAAAAUGGCUUCUCCAAAAUGGACAGAAGUGCUUCUUAAUAUUGCAUCUCAAAAGUGUUGUUCAGGAGUACCCCUAGUGGGUAACUUAAGGACCAGACUCCUAGCACUUCAUGUAUUAGAAGCUGUGUUGCCUGCUUGUGAAUCCAGUGUUGAAGAUGAUCAGAUGGAUCAGGUUGUUGAACAAUUGUUCUCUCUUCUAUCUGACUGCAUGUGGGAGACACCGAUAGCUCAGGCUAAAUAUGCAAUUCAAAUAAAAGAAAGAGAGCAAGAAAUGAAACUGCAGAAGCAGGGAGAAUCUGAAGAAGAGGAUGAGAAUCUUCCUAUACAGGAAGUGUCCUUUGAUCCUGAGAAAGCUCAGUGCUGCAUAGUAGAGAAUGGGCAAAUUUUAACUCAUGGCAGUGGAGGUAAAGGAUAUGGAUUAGCAUCUACAGGAGUCACUUCUGGGUGUUAUCAGUGGAAGUUCUAUAUUGUGAAGGAAAAUCGAGGUAAUGAAGGCACAUGCGUAGGAGUGUCUCGCUGGCCGGUACAUGACUUUAACCAUCGCACUACGUCAGAUAUGUGGCUGUAUAGAGCCUACAGUGGUAACCUCUAUCAUAAUGGGGAACAGACUUUGACUCUGUCCAGUUUUACUCAAGGAGACUUCAUCACUUGUGUAUUGGAUAUGGAAGCUAGAACUAUUUCAUUUGGUAAAAAUGGAGAGGAGCCAAAACUAGCUUUUGAAGAUGUGGAUGCAGCAGAAUUAUACCCUUGUGUAAUGUUCUAUAGCAGUAACCCAGGAGAAAAGGUGAAAAUAUGUGAUAUGCAGAUGCGUGGCACACCUAGAGACUUGCUUGCUGGUGAUCCUAUCUGUAGUCCUGUUGCUGCAGUGCUAGCAGAGGCCACUAUCCAACUUAUCCGCAUCCUUCAUCGUGCAGACCGUUGGACGCACUGCAUUAAUAAAAAAAUGAUGGAACGGCUGCACAAAAUCAAAAUGUGCCUUAAAGAAGCAGGUCAAAAACUGAAGAAAAGUCGCUCAGUCCAAAGCCGAGAUGAGAAUGACAUGAGAGAGGAGAGAGAGAAUAAAGAAGAAGAGAAAAAUAAACAUUGUAGGCAUGGUCUUGCUGAACUCUCAGAAGUUCAGCUCAAGACUCUCUGUGUAGAGGUAUGGCCUGUUCUUGCGGUAAUUGGUGGAGUUGAUGCUGGUCUUCGAGUUGGAGGCCGAUGUGUACACAAGCAAACUGGACGUCAUGCCACCUUACUUGGAGUAGCCAAAGAGGGCAGUACAUCUGCUAAAGUCCAGUGGGAUGAAGCAGAGAUUACUAUCAGCUUCCCAACUUUUUGGUCGCCUAGUGAUACCCCACUGUAUAAUCUGGAGCCCUGUGAACCACUGCCUUUUGAUGUUGCAAGAUUCCGUGGAUUGACAGCUACAGUGUUGCUGGACCUUACCUAUCUGACUGGUAUUCAUGAAGAUAUGGGAAAACAAAGUGCCAAGAGACAUGAGAAAAAACACAGACAUGAGGCAGAAGAGAAAGGGGACAUUGAACAGAAAAUGGAGGGGGAUACUGGAUCAGAUAUGCGAUCACUACUAAGUGCUGAUGAUAUCAAAGGACCCAUCACUACAUGUUCCAAGUCAGAAAAUGAAAUAGCUUCCUUCUCUUUAGAACCAACACCACUAGGUAUGGAGUCUCAACAUCAAACUAUAGAAGGAAAAAGAAAAAAUCAUGAUCACAUAUCAAGAAAUCAUGAUGUUGUACAGUCAGAACUCCGAGCAGUACAGUUAUCCUAUCUUUACCUUGGUGCUAUGAAAUCACUUAGUGCUCUUCUUAGUUGUAGUAAAUAUGCUGAGUUACUACUGAUACCAAAAAUCCUUGCAGAAAAUGGUCAUAAUUCUGAUUGUGCUAGUUCUCCAGUUGUUCAUGAAGAUGUUGAAAUGCGUGCUGCAUUGCAGUUCCUGAUGCGCCAUAUGGUGAAACGGGCAGUCAUGCGUUCACCAAUAAAGAGAGCUCUAGGACUAGCAGAUUUGGAACGAGCACAAGCCAUGAUCUACAAGUUAGUGGUUCAUGGGCUAUUGGAGGACCAGUUUGGUGGCAAAAUUAAACAAGAAGUAGAUCAACAAGCAGAAGAAAGUGACCAAGCACAGCAGGCCCAAACACCAGUUACUACCAGCCCUUCUGCUUCUAGUACUACAUCUUUCAUGAGCAGCUCGCUGGAAGAUACUACUACUGCUACUACGCCAGUCACAGAUACUGAAACAGUGCCAGCUUCAGAAUCACCUGGAGUUAUGCCUCUUAGUCUUCUUAGGCAAAUGUUUUCAAGUUACCCAACCACAACAGUACUUCCAACACGACGUGCACAGACUCCUCCAAUAUCCUCCUUACCAACGUCUCCUUCUGAUGAAGUGGGAAGGAGACAAAGUCUGACCUCUCCUGAUUCCCAGUCCACGAGACCUGCCAAUCGUACAGCUUUGUCAGACCCAAGUAGUCGGCUUUCAACUUCUCCUCCUCCACCUGCCAUUGCUGUUCCAUUGCUAGAAAUGGGAUUUUCUCUCAGGCAGAUUGCAAAAGCUAUGGAAGCCACAGGUGCAAGAGGAGAAGCAGAUGCUCAGAAUAUCACAGUGCUGGCCAUGUGGAUGAUAGAGCAUCCUGGGAAUGAAGAAGAUGAAGAGCUCCAAUCAGAAGGAACUGCAGAUUCACAUCAUGGGACAAUAGUUUCUGGAAGCAGUGGAAAAUCUAGUGACCAGUGUUAUUUACAAUCACCAGGAGAUAUCCCGUCAGCUGAUUCCACUGAACUGGAGGAAGGUUUUGGUGAAAGUACUGAUAAUAUGGAUCAUCCAGAGAAUGCAGCUUCUGGAAGUGGACCCCCUUCAAGAGGUCGGUCAGCAGUAACAAGGAGGCAUAAAUUUGACUUAGCUGCUCGGACAUUGCUAGCACGUGCUGCGGGAUUAUACCGCUCUGUACAGGCUCACAGAAAUCAGAGUCGGAGAGAGGGAAUAUCUUUGCAGCAAGAUCCAGGAGCCUUGUAUGACUUCAACUUGGAUGAAGAGUUAGAAAUUGACCUUGAUGAUGAAGCAAUGGAAGCAAUGUUUGGACAGGAUCUCGCCAGUGAUAAUGAUAUUCUGGGAAUGUGGAUCCCAGAGGUAUUGGAUUGGCCUACCUGGCAUGUUUGUGAGUCUGAAGACAGAGAAGAAGUGGUAGUUUGUGAAUUGUGUGAAUCCAGUGUUGUCAGCUUCAAUCAACAUAUGAAAAGAAAUCAUCCUGGCUGUGGCCGUAGUGCAAAUCGACAAGGCUAUCGUAGCAAUGGUUCCUAUGUGGAUGGGUGGUUCGGUGGUGAAUGUGGAAGUGGAAAUCCAUACUACCUACUCUGCGGCAGCUGCAGAGAGAAAUAUUUGGCCUUGAAGAGUAAAUCCAAGACAUCAACAUCAGAAAGGUACAAAGGCCAGGCUCCUGACUUAAUAGGCAAGCAAGAUAGUGUCUAUGAAGAAGACUGGGAUAUGCUGGAUGUUGAUGAAGAUGAAAAGCUGACAGGAGAAGAGGAAUUUGAGUUACUGGCUGGACCUCUUGGGUUAAAUGAUCGCCGUAUUGUACCUGAGGCAGUUCAGUUCCCUGACAGUGAUCCCCUGGGAGCAUCAGUAGCAAUGGUCACAGCCACCAAUAGUAUGGAGGAGACUUUAAUGCAGAUAGGCUGUCACGGCUCCAUAGAAAAAAGUUCUUCUGGCAGGAUAACCUUGGGGGAACAAGCUGCUGCACUAGUAAAUCCACAUGACCGUGUUAUGGCACUACGAAGAGUGACAGCAGCUGCCCAAGUCCUUCUUGCAAGAACCAUGGUUAUGAGAGCACUCUCACUAUUGUCUGUCAGUGGAUCCAGUUGUAGCCUUGCGGCUGGUCUUGAGUCUUUGGGUUUAACGGAUAUCCGAACUUUGGUUCGAUUAAUGUGCCUGGCUGCAGCAGGGAGAGCAGGCCUCUCCACAAGUCCAUCCACAAUGUCCAGUUCUACAGAGCGGUCUAGAGGAGUACAUAGUAAAACAAGCAAGCCUAUAUCUUGCCUGGCCUACCUGAGUACAGCUGUAGGCUGCUUGGCAUCAAAUACUCCUAGUGCUGCAAAACUGCUGGUACAGUUGUGUACGCAGAACUUGAUUUCUGCUGCAACUGGUGUAAAUUUGACGACAGUUGAUGAUCCAAUCCAAAGAAAAUUUUUGCCAAGUUUUCUGCGAGGAAUUGCAGAAGAAAACAAGCUUGUAACAUCACCCAACUUUGUGGUAACUCAAGCACUUGUGGCAUUGUUGGCAGACAAAGGGGCUAAAUUAAGGCCGAACUAUGAUAAAGCAGAAAUUGAAAAGAAAGGCCCUCUGGAGCUGGCUAAUGCAUUAGCAGCUUGCUGCCUUUCUUCAAGGUUGUCCUCGCAACAUAGGCAGUGGGCUGCACAGCAGCUUGUGCGAACUCUUGCAGCACAUGAUCGAGAUAAUCAAAUAAGUCCUCAGACCCUUGCUGACAUGGGUGGAGAUCUACGAAAAUGCUCCUUCAUAAAACUGGAGGCUCAUCAGAACAGGGUGAUGACAUGUGUUUGGUGCAAUAAAAAGGGACUUUUGGCAACCAGUGGGAAUGAUGGAACUAUAAGAGUGUGGAAUGUAACAAAGAAGCAAUAUUCACUGCAGCAAACAUGUGUUUUCAACAAACUGUAAGGGGAUGGAGCUGUAUGGCUGGGGUCACCCAGUGAUCCUAGCUUGUCUCUUGUCUGUUGGAGCAUCAGUGGCAAGUAUCUGGCUGGAGCUUUGGAAAAAAUGGUGAACAUAUGGCAGGUCAAUGGAGGAAAAGGAUUAUUAGACCUUCAGCCCCACUGGGUUUCUGCUCUAGCUUGGCCAGAAGAAGGGCCAGCUGCAACAUGGACAGGCGACACACCAGAACUGUUAUUAGUAGGUCGUAUGGAUGGAUCUCUUGGGCUUAUUGAAGUUGUAGAUGUUUCAACCAUGCAUCGAAUAGAACUGGAGCAUUGCUACAGAAAGGAUGUGUCUGUUACAUGCCUUGCCUGGUUCAGUGAAGACAGACCAUUUGCAGUUGGCUAUUCAGAUGGAAAAUUGCUGAUGGGUACAAAGGAGCCAAUUGAAAAAGGAGGAAUUGUUCUAAUUGAUGCACAUAAGGAUACUAUUGUUAGUGUGAAGUGGGAUCCAACUGGUAAGAUUCUUAUGACAUGUGCCAAAGAAGAAACCGUGAAACUCUGGAGAUAUGUAGGAGGAUGCUGGAGGUGUUUGCAUUCACUGUCCCAUCCAGCUAUUGUGAAUAGUAUUACCUGGUGCAACCUUCCAGGGAAAGGAGCCAAGUUGCAGCUGUUACUGGCUACAGGAUGCCAGAAUGGCUUGGUAUGUGUUUGGAGUGUUCCCCAGGACAUGCCGAUGGUACUACAGUCCAGCUCAAGCAGUGCAGAAGGAUGGUGGGAACAGGAAACAAAUGGCAAGGAUGGACACAGAAAAGCAGUAGAUGCCAAGUGCAUUUAUCAGCUGAGAGGACAUAUUACUCCUGUUCGGACUGUGGCCUUCAGCUCUGAUGGACUGGCAUUAGUGUCUGGUGGGCUUGGUGGACUCAUGAACCUUUGGUCUUUACGGGAUGGCUCUGUAUUACAAAGUGUUGUGAUUGGUUCUGGAGCUAUUCAGACUGCAGUAUGGAUCCCUGAUGUUGGAGUAGCUGCUUGCUCAAAUAGAUCAAAGGAUGUGUUGGUGGUGAAUUGCACAUCAGAAUGGAUGUCUUCCAAUCAUGUCCUGGCAACAUGCCGGACUGCAUUGAAGCAACAGGGUGUUUUAGGAUUAAAUAUGGCCCCUUGCAUGAGGGCUUUCUUGGAACGUUUGCCAAUAAUGCUUCAGGAACAGUAUGCCUAUGAAAAGCCCCAUGUGGUCUGUGGAGAUCAGCUUGUUCAUAGCCCUUAUAUGCAGUGUCUGGCUUCACUCGCUGUGGGGCUUCACCUAGAUCAGCUUUUGUGUAAUCCACCAGUACCACCUCAUUACCAGAGUUACCUCCCUGAUCCCUCAGCUUGGAAUCCUACAGAGUGGGCCUGGUUAGAAUGUUUUUCUACUACGAUAAAAGCUGCUGAAGCACUGGCCAAAGGAGUCCAAUUUCCAGAAUCCUUUACUGUUCCAGAUCUGGAGCCUGUACCAGAGGAUGAGCUUAUGCUUCUAAUGGAUAACAGUAAAUGGAUUAAUGGUAUGGAUGAACAGAUUAUGGCUUGGGCAACUUCAAGGCCUGAGGAUUGGCACCUUGGCGGCAAAUGUGAUGUGUAUCUGUGGGGAGCAGGACGCCAUGGGCAGCUAGCAGAGGCUGGUAGAAAUGUCAUGAUACCAGUAGCAGCACCUUCAUUCUCACAGGCUCAACAGGUUAUUUGUGGUCAGAACUGUACCUUUGUCAUUCAAGCGAACGGUACAGUUUUGGCUUGUGGAGAAGGGAGUUAUGGCCGUUUGGGCCAAGGAAAUUCUGAUGAUCUUCAUGUUUUAACUGUUAUUUCAGCACUUCAAGGUUUUGUUGUAACACAGCUAGUGACCUCUUGUGGAUCUGAUGGACAUUCCAUGGCUUUAACAGAAAGUGGCGAGGUCUUCAGUUGGGGAGAUGGAGAUUAUGGUAAACUUGGCCAUGGGAACAGUGACAGACAGCGCAGACCCAGACAAAUAGAGGCCUUACAAGGAGAAGAAGUGGCACAGAUGUCAUGUGGCUUUAAACACUCAGCAGUGGUGACAGCAGAUGGAAAACUGUUCACAUUUGGAAAUGGUGACUAUGGUCGAUUGGGUCUAGGAAACACUUCCAACAAGAAACUUCCUGAAAGAGUCACAGCACUGGAGGGUUACCAGAUUGGACAGGUGGCCUGUGGACUAAACCAUACUGUUGUUGUGUCCACUGAUGGCUCAAUGGUGUGGGCUUUUGGAGAUGGAGAUUAUGGAAAACUUGGUCUGGGAAACUCUACAGCAAAGUCCUCACCGCAGAAAGUGGAUAUUCUUUGUGGAAUUGGAAUAAAGAAAGUUGCCUGUGGAACACAAUUUUCUGUGGCAUUGACAAAAGAUGGUCAUGUAUAUACUUUUGGACAAGAUCGACUGAUUGGCUUGCCUGAGGGCCGAGCUCGAAAUCAUAACAGACCACAGCAAGUUCCAGUGCUCUCAGGAAUCUUCAUUGAAGAUAUAGCUGUAGGAGCAGAGCAUACACUAGCUUUAUCAUCAUCUGGUGAUGUGUAUGCUUGGGGUAGCAACUCGGAAGGGCAGCUUGGACUGGGCCAUACCAACCAUGUCAGAGAGCCAACCUUAAUAACUGUUCUACAAGGAAAGAAUAUUCGACAGAUCUCAGCAGGACGUUGUCACAGUGCUGCAUGGACUGCCCCUCCUGUCCCACCAAGAGCUCCAGGUGUAUCGGUGCCUUUACAGCUUGGUUUACCUGAUGCCAUUCCACCACAGUAUGGUGCACUGAAGGAAAUGAGUAUUCAUACUGUGAGAGCAAGACUCAGACUUCUGUACCAUUUUUCAGACCUCAUGUACUCUUCCUGGAGAUUACUUAAUCUCAGCCCCAAUAACCAGAACAGCACAUCUCAUUACAAUGCUGGAACAUGGGGCAUAGUCCAAGGACAGCUAAGACCAUUAUUGGCACCAAGAGUCUACACACUUCCCAUGGUACGCUCCAUAGGAAAAACCAUGGUUCAGGGGAAGAACUAUGGGCCUCAAAUUACUGUAAAAAGAAUAUCGACCAGAGGUCGGAAAUGUAAGCCUAUUUUUGUACAAAUAGCAAGACAAGUGGUAAAACUGAAUGCUUCAGACCUUCGCCUACCAUCCCGUGCUUGGAAAGUGAAAUUGGUUGGAGAAGGAGCCGAUGAUGCCGGGGGGGUGUUUGAUGACACUAUUACAGAAAUGUGCCAGGAACUGGAAACUGGUGUGGUGGACCUGCUUAUUCCUUCUCCAAAUGCUACCGCAGAAGUAGGCUACAAUAGGGAUAGGUUUCUUUUUAACUCUUCAGCCUGUUUAGAUGAACACCUGAUGCAGUUUAAAUUCUUAGGCAUUUUGAUGGGUGUCGCUAUUCGUACCAAGAAGCCUUUAGAUCUUCAUUUGGCUCCAAUGGUCUGGAAGCAACUUUGUUGUAUCCCACUUACUUUGGAGGAUUUAGAGGAGGUAGACCUGCUGUAUGUGCAGACCCUCAACAGCAUUCUUCACAUUGAAGACAGUGGGAUUACUGAAGAGAAUUUCCAUGAGAUGAUUCCUCUAGAUUCCUUUGUUGGCCAAAGUGCUGAUGGUAAAAUGGUUCCCAUAAUCCCUGGUGGGAACAGUAUCCCACUUACUUUUUCAAACAGGAAAGAAUAUGUGGAGAGGGCAAUUGAGUACCGACUUCAUGAAAUUGAUCGUCAGGUGGCUGCUGUGCGGGAGGGAAUGUCUUGGAUUGUUCCAGUUCCCUUGUUGUCUCUUCUGACUGCUAAGCAAUUGGAACAAAUGGUUUGUGGAAUGCCAGAAAUCUCAGUUGAGGUCCUGAAGAAAGUUGUGCGGUACAGAGAGGUUGAUGAACAGCAUCAGUUAGUUCAGUGGUUCUGGCACACCCUGGAAGAGUUUUCAAAUGAGGAAAGAGUCCUUUUCAUGAGGUUUGUGUCAGGAAGAUCUCGAUUGCCAGCAAACACUGCUGAUAUCUCUCAGCGAUUCCAAAUAAUGAAGGUUGAUAGGCCUUAUGACAGCUUGCCUACCUCACAGACGUGUUUCUUUCAGCUGAGGCUCCCACCAUACUCCAGUCAGCUAAUCAUGGCAGAGCGUUUGCGCUAUGCAAUCAAUAAUUGCAGGUCUAUAGAUAUGGACAAUUACAUGCUCUCACGCAAUGUGGACAAUGCAGAAGGCUCAGAUACAGAUUAUUAACUUUCUGUGAACAAAAUCAUCUUCCUUUUAUUACAGAUAGUGCCCUGAGUCCAAUUCAAUGUUGACACAAUUUUAUGGUAACCAUAGAUGUUUUAGGAGCAUAAACAGACAUUAAUAAGCAGUGGCCACGUUUUAGUUACUCUAAAUGUAACAACAAAUUAGAUGUCUUUAUUUUUUGGUGAUUGUUUAAAAAAAACAAAAAAACCCAAAAAAGUGCAGUCAGUAAGGUUUUUUUUUUUUUUUCUCC